UCACGCUGCCCAUUGUCAGUUUUAGGUCAUUUUUCCGCCAUUCUGGAAUUUUUGGGUUCAUUUCAUUCCUGAACACGCCGUGUUGAAGACGCGUUUUUACUCUGAUUUUUCCUGUGAAAAAACUCAAAAAUUUAAUUGUAAAUUGACAAAAGACGUACUACAAGUUGUUCCCUAGUCCUACUACGAUAGUCAGAAGUAAUCAUCAAGAUGGUUUUCGGCCUUGUCCUCACGCCAAAUAAAAAGUACUCCCAGACAGUGGAGAAGGACUAUCAACUGUCAAAUGCCGCCCUGGAUCUACGGACAUGUGGCCAGGAAGGGACACAGCUCACGCUGACAGUUGAUAAGAACACAGUCGUCCUCUGCACCCUCAGCAAAGACCAUCCACAGCAUCCACUUGACCUGCAAUUCUCUGAGGGCACGAAGAUUGCAUUCUGCACCAUUGGCUCAGGAACCAUUCAUCUCACCGGCUACAUGCUUCCUGACAGUGAUUUCAUGGGACAGGAUGAUGAAGCGGAAGGUGAAGAAUCUGAGGAUGUUUCCGAUGAUGAAGACCUUCGAGCGCCACCUUUGGUUCCAAUUGAAAUGGACAAGAAUACGAAACUCGUGAUUAAACAAUCCAAGAAGAAGGACGAGGAAGACAGCGACGAUGAUGAUGACGAUGACGAUGAUGAAGACGACGACGACGACGAUGAUGAUGACGAUGACGAUGAUGAGGACAUGGAAUUGGAGAUGGAUAAUGAAGAUGACGAUGACGAAGAGUCAGAUGACGAUGAGAAGGAGGAAGAGGUAGUUCAGCCGAAGAAAAAACAGAAAGUUGAGCCCAAACAAAAUGGAUUUGAGAACGGCGUGGUCACGAAGAAAGAGCUGAAGCAGCAGAAGAAGAAAGAGCAAAAAGAGAAUCAGCAAAAGAGCCAGGAGAAACAGCAGAAUCAGCAAAAGAACCAGGAGAAGCAGCAGAAGGGCGGCAAGAAGCAAACUCUGCAGGGUGGUGUGAUGAUUGAGGAUCUCAAAGUCGGCGACGGACCAGAAGCCAAGACAAACAAGAAAGUCGCGGUUUACUACGAAGGCCGCCUCAAGUCCAACAAUAAAGUCUUCGACUCGUGCAAAAGUGGCAAUGGCUUCAAAUUCAACCUUGGUCGAGGCGAAGUGAUCCGUGGCUGGGAUAUUGGAGUUGCGGGAAUGAAGGUUGGUAGCAAGAGGAGGAUCACAUGCCCACCACAAAUGGCUUACGGCAGCAAGGGAUCUCCUCCAGUCAUUCCACCCAAUUCGACAUUGGUGUUUGAGGUGGAGCUGAGGCAUGUUAAGAACUAGAUUUCCGCUACUCUUCCACAAUUUUUUUUAAUUUCUCUUUAAAAAACCGCCUGAAAAACUUUUAAAAAUAAAUCCGAAAAUGAAUUCUUUUUAUUGAACUGUAUUGAAUAUUAAUAAAACCUUGAAGUAAGUCGGAA